CGGCAUUCUAGAUAGAGCACGCGAGCACGGACGGAGACCAAUAUGGCGUCGCCAGCAGGCUCGCCGGCGCUCAGCACGCCCCUGUUACAAGAUCCAGAAGAGGUCCAACCCAACAUGGCACCGCACAGGAGCACGACACCGGAUCGCUACGCCGACGGGCCCAUACCAUCUCGGUCGCAAUACUACAUGACGAGGCAAGAGUUUGUGCGGGGUGUAGCCAACAGAUUCGUCUUCAGCCAGCUCUACAUCUAUCUUUAUUUGUCAAUGGCCGUCUUGUCACUGACGACCGUGGUGCUCAGUCUAGUGUCAGACUGUCCCGGCUUGGCGUUCUACAUCCUCGAGAUCGUCGUCAAUACUGCAAUGAUCCUCGAGGUCGUCAUACGCCUCGUCGCGUUUGGCAAGCAAUUCUGGAAGUCGCACUUCAACACGCUCGAUCUCGUCAUCACCAUCUUCUGUACCGUCACCGUCGUCGUCGUCUUUCUCUCAGGCUGCUCGGCCAAAGGCGAGGAAAUCUUCGAUACCCUACUGCUCGUCGCACGGAAUACGAUUCAGUUCGGCCGUCUAGCCAUCGUCAUGAGAAGGUCCGGCAAAUCUAUCUUCUCACGCGUACCCGCGAUAGAUCUACAAGCAGCCCGGGAUGCACGCUACCAGCUCGACAUGGACCUCGAAGAUGAGGAAGCGCAGCUAUCGGACCGAAUGGCAAGCGGUGGCGAUUCGACUGCGCGUAGCAAGAGGAAAGCGCAAAAUGGGCAGGCUUUCAUGAUUGACAGCGACGAAGAAGGCGGGGACUAGUCAGAGG